AUGGGUGUCAACAGCGCUUUUCUCCAUGCCGCCACCAUUGGCGAUGCCACCACCAUUGAGAAUGAAUAUCUCAAAGACAAAUCGAUCCUCACUGCCAAGGAUGCAGAUGGUCGGACAGCUCUUCACUUAGCCGCACUUCACAAAGACGUCAAGGUCCUCGAACUGCUUCUCAACUACGGCAUCGAGCCAUCAACCACCGACAACCGCGGCCAAACAGCACUACACAUUGCAGCCCAGCAAUCCUCCCUCGCCGUGGUCGAACUCCUCCUCAAGAGACGUGCCAAUUGGUCGAUCCGAGACCAUGACGGAAAUACACCUCUCUCCUACGCCUACCAACAAUAUUCCGUCGAGAUCCUCCGCCAGCAGGAAAUGGACUCCUCUCCAGAUAAGUGUCAACGCGCACGGCCGCUAGGUUUUGUGGAGUUAUUCGAAGCCAAUCUGGAACCAAAACAUUCCCUUCGGAAACUCAGUAUUUCCGAUUUACAAAUGAUGACUGACUCACCGGAUGACCAAUCGAAUUUAAUAGCUCUGUUUAUCUGA